UUCGCUUUCGCACUUUUUUUUUUCAAAAUUUUCGAAUAUUUUGUAUAUUUCUUUUGUAAUCUUAUUUGCAUGAAUGAAUUACUUAUAUAUACGAUAAUGCUUUUGAUUUUAUUCUGAUUCGUUAAACCUUUAUUCCUUCUAGAUUUCUCUCUCUGUCUCUGGUUUUUGUUUAAACUUUUUUUUUUUGGAAUGCCGAUAUCCGAGUCACCAGAGAUUUCAUUGAGUACGGAGACGGUGAUCGGAACCUCUCAUAGCGAAUCAGAUCUUAGCCGCUUUCAACUUCGCCGUCGAGCUUCGAACGAUGCCGGUACCCGAGUUCCGGAGCGUAAUGGAUCCGUGAAUGGCGAGGCAGUGGACGAUAGAGAUCGAAAGGAAUCGGCCAAUUUCACGAGCAACCGCGGGGAACACGUGAACGAGAAUCCAACUAAUUCAGAUACGAGGUUCACGUAUCGGCCAUCUGUUCCGGCUCAUUGGAGGAUCAGAGAAAGCCCUCUCAGCUCUGAUGCCAUCUUCAAACAGAGUCAUGCAGGCCUGUUUAACCUCUGUGUUGUAGUGCUUGUUGCUGUAAACAGCCGGCUUAUUAUUGAAAACCUGAUGAAGUAUGGGUGGUUGAUCAGGUCUGGCUUUUGGUUUAGUUCGAGAUCGUUGAGGGAUUGGCCUCUUUUUAUGUGCUGUCUUACUCUCCCAAUAUUCCCACUUGCGGCCUUUGUAGUUGAAAAGUUGUUGCAAAAGAAUCAUAUAUCGGAACGUGCUGGUAUUUGGCUUCAUAUACUAAUUAGCACAAUUGCAGUUUUAUAUCCAGUUAUUGUUAAUCUCAGGUGUGAUUCUGCAUUCUUAUCAGGCAUUGCAUUGAUGCAAUUUGCUUGCAUUGUCUGGUUGAAAUUGGUAUCCUAUGCGCAUACUAAUAGUGAUAUGAGAUCAAUUGCCAAGUCAGCUGAAAAGGGAAGUGCGGCUUGCAUGUAUGAUGUUAACUUCAAGAGUUUGGUAUACUUCAUGGAAGCUCCUACUUUAUGUUACCAGACAAGCUAUCCUCGUACUCAAUCAAUUAGAAAAAAUUGGGUGGUUCGUCAAUUUAUCAAGUUAAUAAUAUUUACGGGGCUCAUGGGUUUCAUAAUAGAACAGUAUAUCAAUCCAAUUGUUCAGAACUCUCAACAUCCGUUGAAGGCGAACUUUUUAUAUGCAAUAGAAAGAAUUUUGAAGCUUUCAGUACCAAAUUUAUACGUCUGGCUCUGCAUGUUCUACAGCUUUUUUCAUCUCUGGUUAAAUAUAUUGGCUGAGCUCCUUCGUUUUGGGGACCGAGAGUUCUAUAAAGAUUGGUGGAAUGCAAAAACUGUUGAGGAGUAUUGGAGAAUGUGGAAUAUGCCUGUUCAUAAAUGGAUGGUCCGCCAUCUCUAUAUGCCAUGCUUAAGGAACGGUAUACCCAAGGGAGUUGCCAUUCUUAUUGCCUUCUUGGUUUCUGCUGUAUUUCACGAGCUUUGCAUUGCUGUUCCUUGUCACUUGUUCAAGUUCUGGGCAUUUAUUGGCAUCAUGAUUCAGGUUCCCUUGGUCUUGAUCACAAGUUACCUACAAAACAAGUUUAGGAGCUCAAUGGUGGGGAAUAUGAUAUUCUGGUUCAUUUUCUGUAUUCUUGGGCAGCCGACGUGUGUGCUUUUAUAUUAUCACGAUUUGAUGAAUCGGAAAGGAAGAGCAGAUUAAACUUACCAUAACAACACU